GCUCAUAUAUGUUGUUGGAGGAUUCCUUACUACACUAAAGAAAUGAAGAUUUCUUAAAACUAUAAUAAGGGCACAUAGUUUCAACUAUUUAGUGGAGAUAUCAUUUAUAUAAAAGUCCAUAUUUUUAAUUAUAAUGUGUAAAUAUGUUCUUAUAUUGUUGUCUUUGCUUUUCUAUUUUAGAUUUCUCAAUAUGUCAACUAUAUCACUGCGCGGUAUACUUGAUGCCAACAAGUUGGUAGGACCAAACUUUGAAGACUGAUACAGAAAUUUGAGAAUUGUUCUCACGCAUGAAAAGCUUAUCGAUGUGAUCGAUAAGCCUGAAAAGGAAGUCCCAGCUGAGGAUGAUGCUGAGGACACCAUGUAUUAUCAGAAAUACAUGGAAGACUGUCUUACUGCUAAAUGCAUCAUUCUCGCUUCUAUGAAUUCUGAACUCCAGAGGAAACAUCAAGAUAUGGAGCCACUUGCUAUUAUUAAACAUCUUAAGAAGAUGUUUGGUACACAGAGUAGGACAGUUAGAUACCAGUUGUCUAAGGCUUUGUUUGGAUCCAAGUUGACUGCAAACUCUCCAAUUGGACCCAUGUCAAUCAUAUGAUUGAUCUUAUUGAAGAACUAGAAAAACUGGGGUGCAAACUUGGAAAAGAGCUUUCUCAAGAUUUGAUCUUGCAGUCACUAUCUGAAUCCUUUUCACAGUUCGUUAUUAAUUUCAAUAUACAUAAAAUGGAUUCUGAUCUUCAUGAGAUGCUUAACAUGUUAAUUGAUUAUGAGAAUCAACUUGCAUCUGAGAAGAAGAAAGGACCUGUUAUGCUGGUUGGUAACUCUUCUAAAAGGAAGGAUAAGGGUAAGACGAAAACCAAAAAGAAGCCUACUGCGCCUAAGGGUGGUGUGACCAAACCCAAAAUUAAAGAAGGCAAAACUAACCAAUCUGAGGCAGAGUGUUUCCACUGCAAAAAGAAAGGACAUUGGAAGAGAAAUUGCAAAGGGUAUCUUGCAACUUUGAAUGACAAGAAACAAGGGGCUCCAGAUAAAUAAGAAGUUGAAGAAAGGAGAAGUUAACCUGCAAGUUGGAAAUGGUGCAAUAGUUGCGGCCUUAGCUGUAAGAUCAAUUUCUUUGAUAGUGCCUACGGGCGAAACACUUUAUUAGAAGAUUGUUAUUAUGUUCCUACAUUUGUUGCGAACAUAAUUUCAGUUUCUUUGCUGGACAAGCAUGGUUUUCACGUUGUUAUAAAGAAUGGCAUUUGCACUAUUUUUUGUGGUAAUGAUUUAUAUGUGAAUGUUUGU